GCUGCUGCCAUCUCAGUGGUGGAAAUGUUGGAGUUGGGGAGGGUCGACUUUGAGGUGACAUUGACGCUGUGUAGAUGAGGAGUGAGGAUCCUUGCGCUCCAUGUUACGUCCCUGCUCAGACUCCAGUUCAGACGGCGGCAGCUCCUCUCGCCGUCUUCUCUCCCCUCCUCUCUUUCAGCACCACUCCUUUAAGGACAGCACCUCGCUCUCCAAGACGCAGUGUGUCCUCCGUCCUCCCCCUCCUCAGGAUCACAUGGGCGCUCGCUGUCCUCGGAUGCAAAGUUUCCACGUUGGUUUUAUUCUGUGAAAGUGCGAGGAAGUAAGGUUUUGGUUUUUUUUGAAGAAAAAUCGGAUUUUCCUCCCACUCAGGAAAACAAUCUGGUAAGGACAAAGAUUUGAUUGGUCGCUGGUGCGCUGCUGAGGCGCCUCUGCUCCUCUCCAUAAUCUCUCUCCUCUCUCCGGUGAUUCGUCUCCCCGCUCGCCUGCUGGCUGCACGGGACGGGGAAGCUGCUGUCUGUCUGGACCGGUGCUGAAACCCCCACUUCUACACUGGUCAGGAUUAUACCCGACACGUACUGCGACCAUGGCCACCAACGGGACCAAAGCCUCGGACGGACACGUCUUAACGGAGACGUUGAAUGACGCGCCCGCCACCACCACCACACCAAACGACAAACCCAAAACCUUGGUGGUGAAAGUGCAGAAGAAGGAGCUACCCGAGAGGGAAACGUGGGGCGGGAGAUUUGACUUUCUUCUCUCUUGUGUCGGAUACGCAAUCGGACUCGGGAAUGUCUGGAGAUUUCCUUAUUUAUGUGGCAAAAACGGCGGAGGGGCCUUCUUGAUUCCUUACUUUUUGACCCUCAUAUUUGCUGGCAUGCCCCUGUUCUUUCUGGAGACGGCUCUUGGUCAGUACACUUCUAUUGGAGGGCUUGGAGUGUGGAAACUGGCUCCCGUGUUCAAAGGUGUGGGUCUGGCUGCUGCGGUUCUGUCCUUCUGGCUCAAUAUCUAUUACAUUGUCAUCAUUUCCUGGGCUAUUUACUAUCUGUACAAUUCCUUCAGUUAUGAGCUGCCAUGGCAGACUUGUGGCAAUGCCUGGAACACAGAGAACUGCUACACCAACUACAGCCUCCCCGACACCAAGAACCUCACAAGUGCCGUGCAGGAGUUCUGGGAACGUAACAUGCACCAGAUGACCGAUGGUCUGGAUAAGCCUGGGGAGGUCAGGAUCCCACUGGCUAUCACACUGGCUAUUGCAUGGGUGUUGGUCUAUUUCUGCAUCUGGAAGGGGGUCGGUUGGACUGGCAAAGUGGUCUACUUCUCUGCCACAUACCCCUACUUCAUGCUGUUCAUCCUGUUCUGUCGUGGCGUCACUCUUCCUGGUGCAAUAGACGGGAUCCUCUUCUACAUCACACCAAACUUUGAGAAACUUAAGGAGUCUGAGGUUUGGCUGGACGCUGCCACUCAGAUCUUCUUUUCCUACGGGCUGGGAUUGGGCUCUCUGAUUGCUCUAGGAAGCUACAAUACCUUCCACAACAACGUGUACAGAGAUUCUGUCAUUGUCUGCUGCGUCAACUCCUUCACCAGCAUGUUCGCCGGCUUUGUCAUCUUCUCCAUCGUGGGAUUCAUGGCCAACGUGACAAAGAGACCCAUCGCUGAUGUCGCAGCCUCAGGGCCUGGCCUGGCGUUUUUGGCUUAUCCUGAGGCUGUCACCCAGCUGCCUAUCUCUCCCCUCUGGGCCAUCCUCUUUUUCUCCAUGCUGCUGAUGCUGGGAAUUGACAGCCAGUUCUGCACCGUGGAAGGCUUCAUCACUGCCCUGGUGGAUGAAUUCCCCCGGGCACUCCGAAAUCGCAGAGAGAUCUUCAUCGCAGUCGUCUGCCUCAUUUCAUACAUUAUUGGACUGUCCAACAUCACACAGGGUGGACUCUACGUGUUCAAGCUCUUUGACUAUUAUUCAGCCAGCGGGAUGUGCCUGCUCUUCCUGGUCUUCUUUGAGUGCAUCUCAAUUUCAUGGUUCUAUGGUGUGAACAACUUCUACAACAACAUUGAGGAGAUGAUUGGCUACAGGCCCUGUAUGUGGUGGAAGCUCUGCUGGGUCGUGUUUACCCCCCUCAUCGUUGCUGGUGUCUUCUUGUUCAGUGCAGUGCAGAUGGUUCCCCUCACCCUGGGUGACUAUGUGUUCCCAGCCUGGGGUCAGGGUGUCGGCUGGUGCAUGGCCCUCUCCUCUAUGUUGCUCAUCCCAGGCUACAUGGGCUACAUGUUCCUGACACUCAAAGGCACAUACAAAGAGCGUCUGCGGAUAAUGAUCAAGCCGGUGAUUAUGACGAAGUCUCAGGAAAACGGCCCCGACCAGCAGACGGAAAACCAGAAUCAGAACCCUGCCAACGAGGAAGCCUACAUCUAGAGACCUCCGCCCGUCCCUGGCUCCACAGCCAGACCCUCUGCUCUGCUAUAGAAAAGAUGUAAUCAAGGUUGGGAACGACCACCAGACUUCCAUGUCUGCUUUAUUCACCUACCUCCUGGGGACACGUGAGACCAACCUGAUUACACAGUUGUUUUUAGUGGUUAUUCUGUUUGUUCAUUUGUAUAAAACAGAGUUUUAAAAACUUAAAAAGGAAAAGCAAACUACCCAGCAAAGUUGUUGUGAUCUUAUGAAUUUCAUUAUGCAAAAAAGUUAGUCUUUUUAGAAAAGGAGACGUGACUUAGGAAAUUACUCUAUAUUGAAUAUAUGAUUUAAAUUUGGAGGCCCGCGUUGAUUAAAUAGUAGGUAUUGUGCUACUUUGAAGAUAUUAAUUAAUCUACUAAACUACAAUUACUGUACAAAGAAAAAAAUAUUGGUUAUUGCAUUUUGCUUGUACAUGAAUAAAUACAUUAAAAUGAAUGCUGUGUAUUAGGUGAAGGAAAUGCAAUUUGAAAGUUUGUAAAAUAAAUAUAGAAUUUUGACCAAUUUUAAGAAAAUCUGGGAAUGUGCAACAGGUAAGGCCAAAUCUGCUUGUAUGUGUAAAAUAUCAUUUAGCCAGACUAUCACUCCCUUGCAGGAUCCUGCAGUUUGCCUGAAAUGUUUACCACCCAUGUCUGGGACAACCUUUGAAAAGCACAAGUAAAGUAUGGAAUCUGAAGCGUCCAGCUUUUCUGUCUUUUUAUUUUCUUUUUUUGGCUCGACUGAAACCUGUGGCCAUAGCAAAAAAUAACUUAGAUAGCAUUACUUAGCAAGAGACUGUUAUAAUUGUUUCUUUGUUUUCUAAAGAACAAUAACUUUGUAUGUUGUCUAAAUCUUUUUUUGUAGAAUCACUUUUAGGUCGUUUUCUAUAUGUGAGAGUGAGAAGGACCAAAAUCAUACUAGAGUUUGAAAGUUUGACCCGCUGACGAUACCGCUGGAUUAAAUCAAGACUCCCCAUUUUGUCUCACUAUAGAGCAUUGGGGUGGUAACUACAGCAUCUGCUUACAAGCACAAUUUGAAUCUGUAAACUACCACCUGUAACAAUAAAGGUGUAGCCAUUACAGAAAUCCCACAUUUGCACUGUGCAUACAAUAUAUUUCUGGCUGAGGAGGACGUCCCCUCCGACAACCAGUUCAGUGGAGGGAAAGAGUUGUGUUGCAAUAAGCCAAUGCUAUUUCAGAUCUACUGUGCAUUUUAAACUGUGAUUGAGGAAGUUUGCAGGGACCACUGCAUUGGAAAACCUUAUGAUGGAUUUCUAUGAUCGCUACCACUAUUCGGCCAGGAACUGUUUACUUGUAUAUCUGUUUAGUAACCCACUCCUCAGGAAACAAAGGUGGACGUGACCAAAUUCUCUCAGAUACUACCAUUAUACGCUGAAACAAUUUAUGCUGUGUUUUUAAAACAAAAUGGAACUAAUGUCAAAUUUACGCCGUUUUUUCCUCCCAUUUAUCGAAAAAUGCUUCAUCAAGCAGCGAAAAAACACUUACACACAAAUCAGCAUGUACGUACUUGGGCUCCCCGAAAGCUGAUCCAAAUAGUUGCCUCUUUUCUGCGUGCUACUCAGCUAUAUAGCAUCAUUUCUUUCAGUGUAAAUGAACUGUGAUGGCCUUCGCUCUGUCAUUUAAGUAGAAGCCAUAGUGCGUUUCUAUGCUGUGGCGAGUGCAGUUUCCCAAUAUCAGGCUUAGAGAGAGAGAGCGAGAGAGAGAAAACUUGGCUCGGACGGACGACACUGCAGCAAUAGAACUGUUAACACAACAGGACAUAGCCAGAUGCUACAUAGGCCAACACCACUGAAACUCCUCCUUUAUAGGGUGAAGGAAAACCUAUUGUUACAUAUCAAGUUUGUUUGGCAAUACUCAAAUAUAAAUAUAGAAGCUGACUUUGUGACAGACCACAGAUAUCAUUGUUAUUACUAUGAAGGAAGAUAAAGAACAUUUUCUUCUGUGGCAGCUACGUGCGACAGGAAUCCGUUAUUUUCCUUUAAUUUAUGUGGUUUUUUUUCAAAGAUAAGUAAAUUAAAAUGUGCAAUGACAAAGGGUUCUGUGAAUUUUGUACAAAGUUACCAUACUGCAGUUUUCUCUCUUGAAUGAUGUUGUAAACUGGACUGUGUAAUACAUGUGUCUGUGAAUGCCCGUACAACCUGAGUUUUUCUUUUUCUUUUGUCUAAAUGUUGAACAAAAAAAAUACAAUGUGAUAUUAUUUGCUGUUUUCUGCAAUAAUAUUAUUAUCUCAGAAACUAAAGCACAUAUGUCUCUCAAAUGUAAAAAUGAUAAUUACGAUAACAGAAUAGAGUAAUAAUACAGACUAUGAUAUUAAAAAAUGUAAUAGAGAUGUCUAGUCAGAGAAUAUUGUUUUGUAUAUUUUUAGCUGUUUCAUGGGCCUAAUGUAAAAUAUUCUAUGUAAAAAAUAUAAUAAAUGUCUUUAGAUGGUGUUAUAUGAAAAAGCAUGAUUGCGAUAUAUAUGUUAUCUGCAAAAAUAAAUAAA